GUCUGGAACUGAAAAGGUUCGAUUCAUUAUUGCGAGGGCCAGCCGCUAAGCAUCAACUUUGUGUUGGAUCAGGCAUGUUCGCGCUCUCGAUUAUAAACACUCCUCUUCGCUUUAUGCUCGCCGGAAUCCUUCUCCUUCGCGCCUUCCAGCCUCAAACGACGGCGCCCAAGUUGCACAUCCCAUGUCAACACUCCGGCCGUCUGCUCGCCGACUCGCUCUUCUCGUGCAGACUGCACCUUCACCUCUUCGCCAAUUUCACCUCCAUCUCCUCAAAGCCUUCUCAGACUCCAAAGUUUUUUCCUCAACCAUCUUCAUCCACGCGCGCCUUCUCAAAACCUCCCUUCUUGGCCGCGUACAGGCCAAUCAUCUAAUUGGACUCUAUGCUAACUUCGGUCAGCUGGUCGACGCCCAUCGACUAUUCGACGAAAUGCCUGAUCGAAACGUCGUUUCCUUCAACAUGCUCAUGGCUGGUUACUUGCACUCUGGAUUCCCUGAGCAAGUCCUCUCGGUGUUCAAAAGGAUGGCCUUCGCCGAGGUGCAUCUCCAUCCGAAUCAGUACAUCUUCGCCACGGUCCUUGCUACAUGUGCUAACAUCUCAGCCCUCGACGAGGGUCGACAAUGCCAUUCCUACGUCUUGAGAACUGGGUUGACUUCAAACUCCUAUGUCCGGAAUUCACUUCUUCACAUGUAUGCCAAAUGUUCUGACAUGCAAGGUGCACUCGGUGUUUUUGAGAGUGGAUCAGAUUUUGACAUUUUCUCCUUCAAUUCUAUGAUCAAUGGGUUCUUGACUAAUGGGCAGCUAAGUGGAGCGAAAGAGAUACUGAGUCUAAUGGUGGAGGAGGUGGAGCAGUGGGAUCAUGUCUCUUAUGUCGCUGGUCUUGGCUUUUGUGCUGAUUCAGUGUGCUUGAACUUGGGGGAGCAGUUUCAUGGUCAAGUUUUGAGAAGAGGAAUGGACUACAGUGACUUUGUUUGCAGUGCGGUUGUAGACAUGUAUGGAAAAUGCAAGUCAGUACAGAGUGCUCUGCUUGCUUUCCGUGUGCUGCCAAGCAAGAAUGUUGUUUCAUGGACAACGGUAAUGUCUGCAUGCAUGAAAAAUGGUUGCUUCGAAGAAGCCCUCAAGUUAUUCAUGCAUAUGAUAACUGAUAAUGUUCAACCUAAUGAGCUGACAUAUGCUGUUGCACUGUAUUCUUGCGCAGGUUUGUCAGCUUUGAGAAGUGGUGAUGCACUAAAUGGCCAUGUUGAGAAAACAGGAUUCAAGGCUUAUGUGAGUGUUGGUAAUGCAUUAGUUAACAUGUACUCUAAGAGUGGUAGCAUUGAAGAUGCAAUCAGAACAUUCACAUACAUGUGUCACCGAGAUAUCAUUUCUUGGAAUUCAAUCAUCAACGCUUACUCCCAUUUUGGGUAUGCUAAGGAAGCCUUGGAAACUUUCCAUGAUAUGCUAGAGAUGCCAACUCAUGUGACUUUUGUUGGGGUGCUUUCAGCAUGUGCACAUUUGGGACUAGUAGAUCAAGGAUUCUAUUACCUGAAACUAAUGAAGGAUUUGGGCAUAGUGCCGGAGAAAGAGCAUUAUACAUGCAUGGUUGGUCUCCUAUGUCGAGCUGGGCAGUUAGAAGAGGCUGAUAGAUUCAUGAGAAGCACAUUCACAGAGUGGGACAUUGUGGCAUGGAGAACUCUUCUCAGUGCUUGUCGGGUACUCGGGAAUCACAGUCUUGGUCAUAAAAUCGCUGAGGGGAUUCUCCAAAGGGAUCCUGGUGAUGUGGGGACAUACAUUUUGUUGUCCAACAUGUAUUCAAAAGCAAGAAGGUGGGAUGGUGUUGCAAAGAUCCGUAAGCUUAUGAGAAACAGAAACAUGAAGAAAGAACCAGGGAUCAGCUGGAUACAGGUAGGAAAUGAGACCCAUGUAUUUGUUUCAGAAGAUACAAGCCACCCGGCAAUGAAGCAGAUUACUAAGAAACUAGCUGAACUUAUGUCAGAAAUAAAGCUGAUUGGAUAUGUCCCAAACAUUACCAGUGUACUUCAUGAUGUCGACGAUGAACAGAAAGAAGAAUAUCUUAGGUAUCAUAGUGAGAAGCUAGCUAUUUCCUUUGGACUACUUCACAUGCCGGUUGGGGCGACAAUCUAUGUGAUGAAGAACCUUAGGAUGUGUGAUGAUUGUCAUUUAGCAGUAACACUUAUUUCCAUGGUGACAAACAGAAGACUAGUUGUUAGAGAUGCAAACCGCUUCCAUUGUUUUGAAAGAGGUUUAUGCUCAUGCGAUGACUACUGGUAACUGAUACAAUUCAUUUGCUAGAUAGAACUUCUCUCCUAAAAUUAUUCACAUAUUUAUCGAUAGGUUUUGUUUUCAAUAGAAUUAUUCAUGUGAGAUUAUGUUAUAAAAGAAUAUGACUAGCAUCUAGGUAUUAUAUGUAUUUGAUGUAUGUACAUGGUGAGUUUGUGAAUUUUCUAUCGU